GCUGUUGGAGAGAGUGGGAGUGAGCUGUUGGAGUGAGUGGGAGUCAUAUGAGCUGGAAUUGUUUACCUCAAAUCGCUCCAGUUCUGGGUGAUUCAGGUCCGCCACGAUGCUGCUGAAAACAUUUUGUGCACUUUGGGCCAUUUCAACUGUCAUUUCUGCCGCUGUCUUCUUGAAGAAGGAUGAUGCGCACCUGGUGCUUGACAGAGCAAGGCGCGCCAACAACGGCUUCUUCGAGGAGGUGAAACAGGGCAAUCUCGAGCGCGAGUGUGUCGAGGAAAUUUGUAACUAUGAAGAGGCUCGGGAAGUUUUCGAGGACGACGCCCAAACGAAAAGGUUUUGGUUGACAUACACGGGUCAGGAUCCCUGCCUGGUCAACCCAUGCAAAAACAAUGGAACUUGUGUUUACAUGGAUGACUCUUACACAUGUCAGUGUCUGGGAGGCUAUGAAGGAAAAUACUGUCAGACAGUGUUUGAGGACACGCUGAAAUGCCUCUCCCUUAACGGGGAGUGCGAGCACUUCUGUAACAGUUCUGGGUCAAGACGCAAGUGUUCCUGCGCUCCUGGUUAUGCCCUGGGAGAGGACGGAAGAGAGUGUGUUGCCCAAGUUCAGUAUCCGUGUGGUAAAAUCCCAGGCUUGGAAGCUCCGAUGAGCCAGGCACAAGUCAAACUAGUUGGUGGGAACCACUGUCCCAAAGGAGCCUGUCCAUGGCAGGUCCUAUUGGAGCAUAAAGGCACUAGUCUGUGUGGUGGGGUCAUAGUUCAUCCUGACUGGGUCAUCACUGCUGCCCACUGUGUCGUGGAUAGAGACACCAAGGACCUGAUGGUGGUCGCAGGGGAACACAACAUUGACGUAGAAGAGGGCAGCGAGCAGAGGAUCCCCGUGGCCAGAGCCAUACCCUACAACCUGUACGACCCAGCAACAGGUGACAGUGACAUCGCCCUGCUGCGUCUGAGAGGGCCUGUAACUCUGGGCCCUGACGCUGUACCCAUCUGCCUGCCUCAGCAACACUUCGCCAAGAGCGAGCUGGCGGCCGUCCGCUUUCACACCCUUAGCGGCUGGGGGAAGCGCACCAACGGGGGCAACGAUCCCAAACCUGGCACCCUGCCAGCCCCCUCC